AUGUCCAGAAUAGUGACUCUGAAACUCCUACAGCACUGCGCUCUGUCUGGUGUAGGCACCGAUCGCUACACCCGCAAAGCCCAGAGAGUGGCCAAGGAGAUCAAGAUCAAGCUGGGAAUUCUCCUCCAGAAGCCAGACUCUGUCGAUGACCUUGUCAUGCCAUAUAAUGAGAAGCCAGAGAAGCCAGCCAAAACCCACAAACAACAGCAGCUCACCUUUGUGCGUUCUGAUGAAAGAAGAGAAUUGGUGGUUAACAAAGGACAGCUGUGGGGUUUCUGUGCAGAUGUUCAGUAUGUAGCUACUGAAUACGAGGGCAGUGUGAUAGUGUCAAGCACGUCUGACCUAAAUGCUGUACAGACCACUGUGCAGCAAUGGCUCUUCAGUACCAUACAACCAACCUUAAGGACGAAGGAACCCAAUGUGAACUUCGAUCAUUUCACUAAAGACAUCACCAUGAAGAACCUGGUGGAACCUUCCCGGAGCAGUUUUAACCUAGCCCAGAAAAGAAUUUAUGCCCCAAUGGAGAAGCAUUCGCUGCCCCGCUGUGUGCACUCCAGGUUUUAUAAGGAGCUAAUCAAGUAG